AUGCUGCUACAAGCUGGCCCGACGACAGACCUCAAGGUCGCCCUGGGCGCCUUUCUGGUCUUGCUCUUCAUCUGGCUGUCCUACACUCUCUACUACCGCAAGCGUUUCUCGUACCCGCUGCCCCCCGGACCGCCGGGAAAGUUCCUAGUUGGGAACCUGGGCAGUAUCAGUGAGCACCCGGAGUUGGAUUACAUGCGUUGGGGAAAGGAAUACAACUCCGAUGUUAUCCAUGUCAACGUUCUAGGACAGCACAUGAUAUGCCUCAACAGCGUCAAGGCGGCAACUGACCUCCUCGACCGCCGUGGGGCCAACUACUGCGACAGGCCUCGCUUCACCCUGUUCGAAAUCAUGGGCUGGGGCCUGACAUUGACCUUCCUCCGAUGGGGUCCGCAGUUCAAACUUCACCGACGCCUCUUCCAGCACACCUUCACACAAUCCGCCGUCAAGACGUUCCGGCCGAUGCAGACCCACGAGGCCCGCAAGGCCGUACGCUCCCUUCUUGUUGAUUCCCGGGGCUGGCGCGACACUGCCUUGCUUCUCACCACUAGCGUCAUCUUCCGCAUCGCCUACGGCCAGGAGAUCAAGGACAAGGACUCGCCCUACACGGCCAUGGCCCACGCCGCCAACAAAGUCACCACAAAUGGCGGGAUCGCAGGUUCUUCGGUCGUUGAUCUGUUUCCUCCGGCCAGGUACUUCCUGCCUUCGAGUCUGUCGGCUCCUCUCCGGCAUGCGAGGGACAGCCGUGGAGCGAUCAAGACGAUCCACGAGGUUCCGUGGGCAGACAGCAUGCGCGACAUAGAGGCUGGCACAGCCUCUCCCUCGUUCAUGAAGUCACACUGGGAACGCUACGUCGCAAAUGAGAAGGCUGGCGUUUGGCAGGAGACCACCGUCGCCGACCUCAAAGGUGCCACCGCCGCGGUAUUCAUCGCCGGGGGGAACAGCACCUGGGGCACUGUGCUCAGCGCCAUGCUGUUCCUCACCAAAUUCCCCGACGUCCAGAGGCGCGUCAAACAGGAAAUCGACGAGGUGGUCGGCGCUGGCUGUCUGCCGACCUUCGACGACAGACCCAAGCUCGAAUACUUCAACCGCUUUAUGAACGAGGUCAUGCGUGCUCUGCCGCUGAACCCGCUAGUUAUCCCGCACCAGAGCAUCAAAGACGAUGUCUACAAUGGCAUGCUCAUCCCCGGUGGCACCGUCAUGUUCGCGAAUACCAAGGCGAUGUGCUCUGACCCCGACACCUACCGCGACCCAGACAAAUUCGAUCCGGACCGGUAUGAGCGCGGCGAGCCCUACCCGGUCGGCAACUUCGGCUUCGGGAGGAGGAAGUGCCCCGGAAACCACCUCGCCACGGCGACGGUCUUCAUCUUCAUCGUGACCAUGCUGGCAACCUUCGACCUCGACAAGGUCGUCGGCCCCGACGGCGAGGUAGUCGAGCCCGAAGCCACGCUGACGGUGGGACUCGGCGGUCACCCGGCGCCGUUUGAGUGUCGUCUGCGAGUGAGAAGUGAGGAGCGCGCGAGGCUGCUGAAGGAAGAGGAGAGCAUGGGCACAAAGGCGGAGGAGAAGUGA